UCGUCGCUCUCGCUGGGACUGACUAGAGGAACGGAAAAUGGCGGACCUCGAAGACGUUACGCUGGACGGGAGACCGCUCCAGUCCCUCCGAGUAGCGGAUUUAAAAGCUGCUCUUGAGGAGAGAGGACUUUCGAAAAGCGGGCAGAAAAAUGCUCUCGUCAAAAGACUCAAAGGGGCUCUCAUGCUUGAGAAUCUUCAGAGGACCUCCACCGCUCACAUAGGACUGCAGCCAAACUCACAGAUUGGUGAGGAAAUGAGCCAAAACAGCUUUAUCAAGCAGUACCUGGCUAAACAACAGGAGCUCCUGAGGCAGCGGCUGGAGAGAGAGGCCCGCGAAGCAUAUGACACAAAUGAGCAAGAGGACCACACAGAAGUUAAUAACAGUACAUCAUGCCCUCCUCAAGCUCAGGAUGCCACGCCAGCAUUGGCUGAGCAGCACAAGCCACCUGGCCCCUCCGGUGUAGAUGGAUUGUUUGGUGCAGUAAAUGAGGGGGAGGGUAACAGGAACCAGGAUGCCGACAUGUCAGGUCCCCCUGCUUCCGGCUCUAUGGCCAUGCGCGUUCCUGCCGGUGAGCAGCGGCCAGAGAAGGGGUCUGCCUCGAACCAAGCCGCUGCAGACAGUGACGACGACGAUAGCGAGGAUGGCGACGAGGAUGGCGAAGAUGAAGAUUGGGAAAGCGGUGCUCGGAGGAGAAGCAACAGAGAGCCGGCCAGAGCGCCCACGACCAGAGAGAGGUCUGGGGCAUCCUGUCAACCCCCGCAGCAACACAUGCCUUCCCUUUUGUCCCCUCAACUCCGCCAGCCAACUCCUCCUCCCUCUCCACCUCCAGAGUUAUCAUUCCCCCUGCCUGACACCCCUAAACAGAGCCCCCCUAGUCCAGAUGUAGCCCCAGCUAGGCGCUCAUCGAGUACCUCCAGCUCUGGGUCCUCCAGCAGCGGCAGCCGCAGUAGCAGCCCAGAGCCACAGAGGAGUGGACAUGCCGAGCGCAAGCCGGGCCCACUCACCCUUCUGGCACGUAAAAUGGAGUCAGAAGGUGCUUUCUCGGGAGCAGGAUGGCACCGCCCUGGUGUGGAAGGUGAAAAGCAAGACGGCAGUUCUCUGGCUGCAUUAUUUCCUGGCAGAGGGCCUCAAGAGGGUCUGGUAUCUGCCAUCACUCACACAGCCAAUGCAGCAGGUCAUGCGUCAUUUCCCACGGUUCCAGGCAUUAACCAGGGUAUCAUAGGAGCACAUUCUGCCCAUAUUCAACUACCCUUUGGUGUCCUCAAGGCCACUGCAACAGAAGAGAGGGACUCUGAGAUGGAAAGAGAAAGGGCCCUUGAUCUGGAAAGGCAAGAGAAGCAGAGGAAACUUGAGCAAGAACGAGCGAUGGAGGUAGAGCGGGAAAGAGCUCUUGCGCUGGAGAGAGAAGAAAGAGAGAGAGCUCUGGAGAGAGAGAGAAUUGAACGUCAGCAGGCCUUAGAAAGAGAAGAACAAGAAAAGGCUCUGCAGCGGGAGAGAGAACUUGCCCUUGAACGAGAGAGGCAUCAGAGGGAACUAGCUUUGGCUAAAGAGAGGGAAGAGCUAGAGCAAGCUAUAGCUCAAGAGAGGGCCCGGGAGAGACAGAGGGAGAUCGAGAGACAGAGGGAGAUCGAGAGACAGAGGGCCCUGGAGCAAGAACGUCUGGAGAGAGAGAGGCGAGAGAGAGAAGAAAUGGAGAGAGCCAUGGCCUUGGAGCAGGAAAGAAGGGAGAGGGAAAGGGCUCUUGAGCAAGAGAUGCUUCAGAGGGAGAGAGCUCUGGAGGCUGAGAGGAUAGAGAGAGAAAAGGCGUUAGAGCAGGAAAGGUUUGAAAGGGAAAGGUUGGAGAGACACAGAGCCUUGGAGCAAGAGAGACUAGAGAGAGAGAAAGCCUUGGAGCAAGAGAGACUAGAAAUGGAGAGAGCCCUGGAAAGAGAGCGACUAGAGAGAGAGAGAGCCUUGGAAAGAGAGCGUUUAGAGAGAGAGAAAGCUUUGGAGAAACAGCGACUAGAGAGGGAGAAAGUCUUGGAGCAAGAGAGAAUAGAAAGAGAAAGAGCUCUAGAGCAGGAACGGCUGAAGCAGGAGAGAGCCCUAGAACAGCAGAGGUUAGAGCUUGAGAGGAAGGAAAAGGAGAGAAUUGAGAGAGAGAAAGCCUUGGAGCAAGAAAGGAUAGAGAAGGAAAAGGCCUUUGAACGAGAAAGGGAGGAAAAAGAGAGAGUGGAGAGAGAGGCAGCCCUGGAAGAGGAGAGGAAGGAGAAGGAAAGAGCCGAGAAGGAGAGGAAAGAGAGGCUUGAGAGGGAGAAAGCUCUAGAGCAGGAGAAUAUUGAAAGGGAGAGAGCCUUGGAGAAGGAGAGGGCUCUGGAACAUGAGCGGUUAGAGAAGGAGAAGGCCAUGCAGAAAGAAAAGAAGGAGCAGGAAAGGGCCCUGGAACAGGAGAAAGAGAGAGCUAGGAUGGCUGAAAAGGAGAGGGAGAGUCACCUGCCUCCAUCCAAGCGUGGCCGUGAGAUCGGUCUCACCCCCCUGCCCACUCCUCCCCCCCUCUCCACUGCACCAGAUAGAAAGUCAUCAACAGAGACAGAAGAGCAGGGAGAUGACCAUGCUUCAAAGCCCCAGGGUGAAUCAGCAGAAUCCAUGUCACCAACACCCCCGAUGCCUCAAUCCUCAUUCAAGAAGUUCCGGUUCUUAAGGGACACCCCGAUUCACGUCCAAUCUUCCUCCCCUUCCAUGGUCAUCAAGCGACCCCGUAACUUCUCCGAUACCCCCCAGCCCUGGGCCUCGGCUGUCUCCUCCCUUACCGAUGUCGGGGAACGCCAGGAAGAAGGACUCCAGCCUUCCGCUGAACAGGAAGACCCACAGAAGGGGACAAAACAGGAGGUCGUUGCCAGGGCACCCGGGUCCAUGGGGGCCGUGCCUGAGAAGGAGACCAGUCUUGGUACCACUCUGGUCCCAAGUCCCAAAAAGGAAAAGGCCAUAAGCUCAGUGUCGGAGGACAAAGAAAAGGAAUCCACCAAAAAAGUAGAUGAUGAAAGCCGUCCUACACACCCACUGGACGCUGCACAGCGUAGAGGAAGAGAUACAAAGAAGGAAGCGAAACAAGCAAGACGAAGAUCAUCAUCUAACGAUUCCUCUUCCUCAGAAUCAGACUCUGGGUCCUCAUCAUCUGGGUCGUCUGGCUCAUCCUCCUCCUCUCAAGAGAAAACCCGCUCCACUACAAGAGGUAGAAAGGAUGGGAAGCCUGACAGAGAUACCUCGCCACAACACAGAAUGACACUAGAGGCUAAGGCUGAAGGUUUAAAGGAAGCUCAGAAAGCCUCCCCUUCCAAAAGAGAGAUGUCUGUAGAGAAGAGUAACACAGCUGCUGAUGAAGACACUCGCACCAAGAAAAUGUUCAUGGAAGCACCAACCAGAGAGGAGUCACAAAGGAAGAGAAAGGACAACGAGGGAGAGGAGGAAACGGACAAAGAAAGGCAGGUGAAGGAGUCUGCCAUGGCAGAGCCGGAGAAGCAUCCAGAGACCAGCGAGGAGACACCAAAGGCCUUCUCAGCUCGUAAGAUCUCUAUUAGCAGCAGUAAAUCAUCCCCAGGCACUGGCAGUGCAGAGGGCGAGCAGGACUCCGGGGCUGCGGCCGGUCGCAAGAGGAGGUGGGGCUCCAGCACAGCUGUCACUGCCAAGAAACCUUCCAUCAGCAUUACCACAGAUUCACUCAAGUCUCUGAUCCCAGACAUUCGCCCGUGUCUCGGGCAAGAGGCAGUAGUGGACCUGCACCCUGAGGAAGCUGUCCUCUCCGGGGCUGAGGAUGAAGAGCGGGAGCGCUCUGACCAGGACCUUCAGAUCCGACGCACCGUCACACAGGUUGUACACUUGGAGAGCCAGGAGAAUGGACAGAAAGAAGCAAAGAUGAGCAGACAUGAGGAGUCGGAGGAGGAUGACCCGCAGGGAGACGGAGAGAGGAUAAGGGCGCAUGACGAAAAGAUAGACACCUCAUUUUCUGGAGCCAUGGAAACCCAGUCUCCAACACACACCAGCCAUGAUGUAGAAAUCAACACUGUGACCCCCAGCGACACCCUCAUUCGUCGCUCUAUCAGCCAGCAGAAAACGGGUGUUUCCAUCACAAUCGAUGACCCUGUUCGCACGGCCCGGCAGCCAUCGCCUCCUCGCGGCAAAGUCUCCAACAUUGUUCACAUCAGCAACCUGGUGAGGCCAUUCACUCUGGGGCAGCUUAAAGAACUGCUCAGCAGAACUGGCACCCUGGUGGAGGAGGGCUUCUGGAUCGACAAAAUCAAGUCUCACUGCUUCGUCACUUACUCUAGCUCAGAGGAGGCCGUCGCUACACGGGCAUCUCUUCAUGGCGUGAAAUGGCCUCAGAGCAACCCAAAAGUCCUCAGUGUAGACUUCUGCCAGAAAGAUGAGCUGGACUUCCACAAAGGCUUGGCAGACAGACCCGCAGCAGAGGAACAGGGGCCCGGCGCCGUCCGUGGUCGCACGUCGGGCCUGCCCUCUCUCCUCCCCGAGCGCGACCAGUGGGCCGAACGCGAGCGCGAGAUGGAGCGCCGGGAGAAGGCUAGAGCAGAGCGGGAGUGGGAUCGCGACAAGGUCAGAGAGUUUGGGAAACCGGGUGAAGAGAAGGAGGGAGCUCCACGGAGGUCACGCUCCAGAGAGAAACGCCGCAAGGAGAGGGGAAAGAGCAAGGAGAAGAAAACGGAGAAGAAAGAGAAAACAGCUGAGGAUCCCCCUGCAAAGCUGCUUGAUGAUUUGUUCCGCAAAACCAAAGCGGCUCCUUGCAUAUACUGGCUUCCACUCACGGACGAACAGUUUGUUCAACGGGAAGCUGCCAGAGCAGAGCGCAUGAAGGAGCGUGAGAAACGGAGGAAGGAGCAAGAUGAGGAGGAGGAGAAAAAAAGGGAAGAGGAGCGCAAGGAGAGGGUGAAAGCUGGAGGCGUCCCAACUGGAGAGCGCAGUGAGGGUGAGAAGGAAAAGGAGAGGGAGAGGGACCGAGACAGAGGUAGGGACAGGGAGAGGGAGAGGGAGAAUGACAAACGCAGGGAUGGCUACCGUAGGCCAGAGGGCCGCGGGGCAGGCGGGGGCCGACGCUCACGCAGCCGCAGCGACCCACGAGAAAGGCGACGUUAACGGCCAAUCACCUGACGGAACUGUCCUGGAGACCACCCUCUUCCAUUUGCCUUUCACUACAUGUACUUUGUUACAACUAAGACCCAACAGAGGACCAACUGAUGUCGUCACCAUCUCCCAAAUUGUCACCUUUUUUAAAGCACAUCUACACCUACACACAUGCUUAAAGGGGACCAUGAUUUUUUUGCGGUGUUGUUUCCCAGAGUGCUGUACGACGCGUGUCUGUCGAGGUUUGAUAUAUUUUCUUCAUACGUUUGCCUUUCUUUUUUCCCUUAUUUUUUGUCUUGACGAUUUUUCGCGGUAUGGCACGCUGGGUAAUUCUCAUUAUUUCCCCAAAUGUUCCCCAUUUGCCCCAAAGUGUAGGUGCCAAUUAUGAUUUGCUAUCAGUCGUCGUCGCCUCAGUGUUUUAACAGCUCUGAAAUCUGGAUGAGGAAUCCUUUUGUUGCUGCAUGUAGUCCAAGGCUCUCCUUGCCGGUCCAGCCUAAAGAGAAAACUCUGACCUCUGUGCAGAGGCUUGCAUAAAUCAGAAAAUAUUGGAAUAAGUGUGUUUGGCAUUUUGUACAGACAUAUAAGAUAACUGAAAAUCAAGUCUUUAUAUGAGGCAGCUCUGGGGUAUUUUUGGACAGGUGUGGAAUUACUACUAACGCAAUGCAGUGUUCCUCUCUCCCUCUAUUUAGUUAAGAGAUGAGACGAUUCUCUGUGGGGGGGAAAUCGAUGUCUGUCACACCUGACACAAGUUAUUAUCAUGUCCUUAUCAUUGAUUCUCUUCUUCCUCCUUCCUUUCCUCCUCUUCCUCCAGUCCUCUUACCCUGUAGUGUCUAUACAGGCCCAAGAGGGGAGGUUGCAUUAUGAGUGUCCUCACCAAUGGUUUUAAUAUUGUUUUUUAAUCCUUAUUUUAUCAUUUUAGUACAAAGUUGUUUUUUUUUUUUUUAUUAUUUCUUCUUUGAGUACGCCUAUCAGUGGUGAAU